AUGUCUCCUCAACGGAAUCUCCAGGCAGAACGACUGCGGGCAAAAUUGAACGAGGCUGCCGCCGACCCAUCGAAGAUUCUUCCUCGUGGAAUCACACAUGAUGGACUCUCAGCCCGUCUUUGCGAACAGGCAGGGUUCGAAAUCGCUUUCAUGGGCGGCUUCGCGGUCUCAGCAUCUCAUGGCCUGCCAGACACAGGCUACCUCCAAUGUGCGGAAAUGUGCGAGCGAAUCCGUCAAAUUACAGACGUGUGCUCACUGCCGCUUCUGGCGGAUGGAGACACCGGCUAUGGUAACGCAAUGAAUGUUCGACGAACGGUGCAUCAGUAUGCGAAGGCUGGAGCUGCUGGCAUUAUGCUAGAAGAUCAAGAGUGGCCAAAGCGAUGUGGACAUAUGGAUGGUAAAAGGGUCAUUCCGCGAGACGAAGCCGUGGCUAGAAUCCGAGCUGCAGUGGAAGAACGAGAUACGGGUAUUGACAUAUUUAUUCAAGCUCGCACGGAUGCCCGUUGCGUCUCGUUUGAAGAGGCACUGCUAAGAGCAAAACUUUUCAAAGAGGUCGGUGCUGAUGGGAUAGUUGUUGACGCGCUCGUCUCGGUGGAUGAGAUGAAAAUCCUCUGUCAAACCAUCCCCGGCCCCAUUUGUGCAAACAACCUUGAAGGUGGCAAAACUCCCAUCCUUACACAGAAGGAGCUUGCGCAGAUCGGGUUCGCCCUCGUCUCGUAUCCCUUGUCGUUGGUGACUGCGUGUAUUGUAGGCAUGCAGAAAGCCCUGGAAGAGAUAAAAGAGGACUCAAAAGAGCGGAGGCCAUUGGUGUCUUUCAAAGACGUCUGCAACACGGUCGGGUUCAAUCAGUAUAUCCAAACGUCUGAGAAGUACAAGACUGACGUAUGA